AUGCGUGCGAUCUACGUCUUCUUCGCAAUUCUGGCGACAAUUCUGGCCCUGUGUGAUGCCUCGAAGAUCGACACCCUCCGAUCUCUGCGAAGCCGCCAACAUACGGGAGAUUUUGCAGCUGCCACUGAAAAUGACGAAAGAGCGUUUAGCUUCAAGAGCAUCUUCGGCGCCAAGAAAGCGAAGAUCCCAGACGACUUCGCCGUCGACAAACUGAAGCUCAUGCUGAGGAGCAAGACACUCAAGAACAACAUGUUUCAGGUCUGGGACGGCAAGUAUUCUGUCGGCCAGAUUAGAGCGUGGCUCAAGCUGGACAAGAGCCCAGGAUACACGAAGCUGUUGUUGUCGUAUCUCAACGACUUUAAGCGUUCGACGGGGCUUCGCAAAUGA